AUGGGACUCAAAGCUGAAACUUUGCUUCUUUUCUUGUUGGGUUUGAUCUUGGUUUCUGACGCUAGAUCUUUCGUUGACUCCACUCUCUCAGAGGAAGUUUCCAAGAAUGAUAAUGUUUGCACUCUCUGUGAGGAAUAUGUUACUGAUGCUCUCAGCUACCUUGAGAAAAACGAAACACAAGCUCAGAUAAUCGAGGAUCUUCAUGAUCGGUGUUCGCAUAUUCGUGGAUUUGAGCAGCAGUGCGUAACUUUGGUCGAUUACUAUCUCCCUCUUUUCUUCUUACAACUGGAGUCAUUUCAACCUCAUUAUUUCUGCAAGAGGAUGAAUCUUUGUGGCAAAGUGGUAGCUCUUGUUGAAGAAGCCCGUCAGGACAGUUGCGGUGUAUGCCACAAGACUGUUUCAGAGAUUCUCAUCAAACUACAAGAUCCCGAUGUACAGCUGGAUAUAGUUGAGCUACUUAUCAAGGGAUGCAAAUCGCUCAAGAACUAUGAGAAGAAGUGCAAGAAGUUGGUGUUUGAGUAUGGACCUCUGAUCCUCGUGAAUGCAGAGGAGUUCCUAGUGAAAAACGACAUCUGCACACUCUUACGCGCAUGCCCCCCUGAGAAAACGGUUCUAAGGCAGCCUGAGUUGGCGGCGGAUUCUUGA